GGCACCUCGGGGCAGUGGCUGCCUCAUCACGGGGCCAGGAGGCACGGGUCUGCAGGCACAGCUGGGAGCCUUCAAGAGGCCAAAGCAGCAUGGAGAGUGAGAGAGUGCCCCGAAAAGGCCGGAAGCUGGGCUCCAGCCGCCGGCGCCAGAUUCGAGAGCUGGCUGAUGGCCAGGAUGCCCCCGUGGCCCCAGAGACAGAGUCCUGGUCCUCCCAGGCAGCUGCAGAACUGCAGGGCUUUUUCAAGGACUGUGGUGCCAAGGAAAGGGGCUUUGUCACCCGAGAGGACCUGGCGGUGGCCAAGUUCAGCUUCCUGGGCAGCGAGGAGGAGCCUGGGAUGAUCUUCGACUGGGUGGACGUGGAGCGGAAGGGACGCCUCUCCCUCGAAGAAUUCAGCUCUGGGCUCCAGAACAUCUUUGGCUCCAGCCCGAGAACCCACAGGCUCCGCAGAAGGAGGCCACUGACGUCCCAGCAAAGAUCCCUGGCCAGCAGCCUCCCAGCGCUGGAAGAGGCUGACCCAGAGGAGAAGGCAGCCUUCUUUGCCUUCAUGCAGCAGCUGGAGGCCGGCCACUUACUUCCUGAGCAGGCGGAGAUCUGGCAGCUGUGGGGGAAGCUGCGGCAGGAGGAGCCCCAGCUGGCAGGCAACCUGGAGGGCUUUCUGGCCAAGAUGAGCAGCCGCCUGCAGGAGGCUCGGGCCGACAAGGAGGCUCUGGAGCUGAGCCUGAGGAAGCGGGACUCUGACCACCACCGCGAGGUCCAGCAGCUCUACGAGGAGAUGGAGCAGCAGAUCCGGCGGGAGAAGCAGCAGCUGCAGGCGGAGAGCGACUCCCGGGACCUGGCCCUCAGCUCCCAGAUGCAGGAGGCCCUGGAGGCUAAGGAGCGCGAGGUGCAGCGGCUGACUGAGGACCAGAGGGAGCUGGAGGCCCAGCUCCGCCACCUCAGCAGCUCUCACCAGGCGGCCAGCUCCGAGAACCAGCAGCUUCGGGAGGCCGAGCGCGACCUGGCUGGGCAGCUGGAGGAGGUGCGGGGGCAGCUGCAGGUGACCCAAGGGCGCCUGAACACCGCCAGGAGCCGCGUGUCCUGGCAGAUGGAGGAGGACCCGAGUGGCCCCAAAGCAGGUGAAGAGAAGCCUCCAGACCCUCAGGCAGUGUCCUCUGAGGGGUCUCCCCUGCCUGGACUGUUUGGGGACAAUGAUGACUGGGACCAGCUCCUGGGGAGCUUCAGCAGCCCCCCGCAGAAAUAUUUGCAGCUCUCCUGGAGCCCACCCCCGACCCCGAGAUCCCCCGCAGGCCCCCAGACACCCCGAGGGGUCAGGCAGAUCUCCAUCUCCGAGCCACAGGCUUUGCUGUUUGGUCAAGAGCCAUCUUCAGAUCCGGAUGGAGCUCCCAGGAGCCCCCCGGGGGUGCCUUCCAGGGCCAAGGAAGGGGAAGGAGGGGACCCGGAUGGACAGGACAUCAGUCCAGAGCAGCCAGUGCAGCCUCACAGCCUGGAUCCUAAGGAGGAGUCAGGGCCUGGCCCCGAGGACCACUUCCUCUGGGGUCUCCCGGGGACCCCCACUGGGGAGUCUGGGGCCGUGGUGGCGGCUGCACUCAAAGUGCUCAUUCCCUUGGAGGAUGGACCCCCUCCUCGUGUGAACUCUCCCCCUCCCUCGGCUCCAGCUGGGCCCAGCGAGCAGUUCCAUGCCUCAUUCCUGGACGACAGGGGUCCCGGGCCUGGGCCUGUCCCAGCCACGCCACCCAGGCAGAGAGAGGCCCUCUGUCAGGACCCAUACACCACUGGCUCUGGGCCAGAGCUGGGGUCCCCAGGAGCUGGAGCCCUCACCCCAGGGCUACCUGAGCCCUCCCAGGGUCUGGAGCCUGCGGGUGAGGCUCCCGCAGAGGAACUGGAGCAGGGCGAGCCGCGCCCAGAUGCGCAGGAGGGCUGUCCCAGGGGGCUCAGAGAAGCUCAUGGCCAGGUCCUCGCAGCAGAUGGGCUGCCUGCCUUCCAUCACCAGAGUCUGGAAGAGGGGCCCAGGGCGGAGGAAAGGAAAGAAGCGGAUGGAGGAGGGCAGGCUGGCAGUUCAGAGCAGCCAGCUGAGGCUCAUGGCCUGAAACCUGGGCGUUCAGAACUGCCCCAGCAGGAUCCUCCACCUGCCCCUCUCCCGUAUGCCACACCGCAGGCUCAGGCUCCCGGAAGACCGUCACCCCCAAGGGGCUCUCCCCCCAGGGGGUCUCAGCCUGGGGAUGCAGCAGGGCCCCAGGAGCCCACGAAAACCCUCCCCACCGUGGAGGAGCUGGAAGUCCCACCCACAACUGUGCACGCAGAAGGAGAGCAAGGCCCCUCUCAACGUAGAGAGCCAAGGGCGCAGAGCAGGCUUGAAGACCCAGGAAUGGACUCCAGGGAGGCUGGGCUGACCCCAUCCCCAGGGGACCCCGUGGCCAGUGAGCCUCUAGCCAACCCUGAUUACAUCUUCCAUGUCGUCUUCCUGGGAGACUCGAACGUGGGCAAAACAUCCUUCCUGUACCUCCUUCACCAUAACUCCUUCGCCACCGGGCUGACAGCUACAGUGGGAGUGGAUUUUCGGGUCAAAAACCUGCUGGUGGACGGCAAGUGCUUUGCCCUGCAGUUCUGGGACACGGCUGGCCAGGAGAGGUACCACAGCGUGACGCGGCAGCUGCUCCGCAAGGCUGACGGAGUGGUGCUCAUGUACGAUGUCACCUCCCAGGAGAGCUUUGACCACAUACGCUACUGGCUGGACUGUCUCCAGGAUGUAGGGUCCGGCGGGGUGGUCAUCCUUCUCCUGGGAAACAAGAUGGACUGUGAGGAGGAGCGGCAGGUGCCCACCGAGGCUGGGCAGCAACUGGCCCAGGAGCUGGGGGUCUCCUUUGGAGAGUGUAGUGCUGCCCUGGGCCACAACAUCCUGGAGCCCAUGGUGAACCUGGCCCGGUCACUCAAGAUGCAAGAAGACCGCCUGAUGGGCUCCCUGGUGAAGGUGGCCCCAGAGAGGCCGCCGAAGAGAGCUUUCUGCUGCUUCUGACCACCUGGCCUGACCAGGGUAGGACAGCCACCCCUCAGGGGCCUCCUGUUCCUCAGCUCCUGUCCCACCUGCCCGGACAACGACAGAGAGGGCCAGUCCAGGAAAACCAUCCUCAGAUCAGGACUCGGAUUCCAGGGGCGACACUUAAGCUGCCCUUUGUGCUCCAGAGAAGGACUUUGCUGAGUAAAUAAGGCUUGGGGGGUGUUGGGGAGGGGGGGAGUUUAAAACUUUUAAAGAAUGGGAAAGUCUAGAAAAACAACUUAAGGAAAAUACGCCACACAUCUCUGAGUAGUAAAAUUAUGGGGUGAAUUCCUGGGGGUGUUAUUUUCCUUUUUAUAUGUAUUUGUAUUUUCAGGUCUUCUACAGUGACUGGGUAUUCCUUAUAUAAUCAGAAA